AUGACGGAGACUGAAGGGAUGGCCGCAGUGCAAACGUAUGUGUACGCCCUAGCGGCGACGCCAUUGGUAUCGCAAAAAGACAAGGAGGACCUGCUGCUGGCGGUGGACGAGAAGAGGUCGGCGAUGCUUUCGAAGAACGAAACAUCGUCGUUGGCGGCGGAGGAGACAGCUAAGGCGACAGCAGCGACAGCGACAGGGACGUACAAGUCGGAGUGGUACGAGGAGGAGCCGCCCAGCGUCUACGACGACGGCUUGCUGCGGGAUCUCGGGAACCGAUUCCCGCUGGUAGCGAAAGAGGUCGACAAGGUGCUGCUUUCAAAGCCGGAGUCGACGGGUUUCUCCAGCCGGGUCCUUACCGGAUUCAGGGAGUGGAUCACGUUCACACCUAAGAUGAUGGAAAUGGCAGAAAAGACCCCCUUCGGUGCGCUCACCACCGCGAAGGGUGUCCGAGCUGGGACCGCGUUUAGUGCUGUGGCCGACGUUCUCAGAGCAGACACGGUGGAGUUGGCCAAUGGAGGGCGGGGGAAGGGCGAGGCGGACAACGUCAUCAGGCAGAUGCAGGCCAACGCCGCGGAAGAGCUUCUUUCGGGAGGCAUGGGGUUCCAGAAGCGGCGACUCGAGGUCCCUGACGAGGACGUCGAGCUCUUCGUCGAACAGGUAUUGGCCGGGUUGGUCGUGGUGGGCGAGACAUUAACAACGCCGAUCGGAUUCCGGCUCAUCCGCUGCAACUACGUCAAGAGUUCGAUGGAGGCGGCAGAGUUGUCGAGGACUGUCAAGUCGAGGAUGGCGGAGAUGGGGCUGGAUGCGAAGGUGGCUGCUUUCUUGACCUGGGACGUCAUUGGGGCGUUCGACUCCAUGGAGAACAUGGGAAGGGAGAUCGAAGAUCUCGAGAGCCAGGCGGCCAUGAUGGACGACGACGAGCAGUUGGCGAAGGCUUUUAACACCAUUGGCGCCGGGUUUUCGCUCAUGGGUCCGCAGGACGAGAAGAUGUUCGUCCUGAUUCCCGCCGAGACGAAGCCCAACGAAGACACGCAAGCGAACGAACAAGGCAGGACCGCCCUGGCGCUCGGCGCCCCCAUCACCCUCUUCGCCUUCUUGGGGGACGUUUUCAAUGGCUCUCCGUACGAGGCCGCCAACGGCGCCGUCGACGGCGACGUCCAAUUGCUCACCCAGAUCGGCUUGUUGGGGCUUAUUAUGGCGGGCCUCCUCCUGUCUCGCGACAUCGCUCGGACGGUAGCGGCCAAGUUGGUUAGGGUCGAAUUGGAGGCGCCCGUGCUCCUGCCUUCCUUCGAGACUGGACUCCUCGCCGCAAAGAGGCCUGUGGCCUCGUUUCCCUCGACCAGCCAGGAUCUGUUCGACGUAGCGAUUGCGGGGCCUACGGUCGGCUUCGCGACUGCGGCUGCGGCGUUAGUGAUGGGCCUGCAGAUGACCGCCGCGGCUGGGCCCGACGUGUUGGCAGGGUUUCCGUCGCUGCCUUCCAGCCUCCUGCAGUGCAGCUCGCUCGUCGGGUCGGUGGUGGACUACUUCCUGCACACGAACCUCGCCGUGCAAGACCUGGCCGUGGAACGUGUCGCGAUGCACCCACUGGCCGUAGGAGGCGUUGCCGGAAUGCUGUGGACCGCCGCGACGGUGCUGCCUCUCCCAGGCUCAGAUGGUGAAGCGGUUAUCGACACCCUCGACACCAACUUCAAGUACAACGCGAUCGUCACGCCUUUGGCAUACCUAUUCGCGGUGUCCCAAAUAAUCGGAGGCGGCAUGUUCCUCCUGUCCGUCCUGCUUGUGAACUUCAUUGCUUACCCGGAGUCUGCACCGCUCAUGAGAGAGGACAACGUUACCCCGGUCCGAAGCCCAGCGCGGCUCGCGCUAGGCGUCGUCGUCGCUGCGGUGUCGCUGGCCGUCCUAUCGCCCAUGACGAUCUCGUCGUUCCUCACGGGCGGGCCGCUGUCCAUGGACACGGGCGCCGGGGCGGAGAGCGUGGCCGCCGGGCUUGGCGUCGGCGGCAUCGGUUUCCACGGGUUCUUGUAG